AUGCUGAAAAAGGUACUAGAAUCGGUACAAGCAAAUCUAGACAGAUUGGCUAGCGAAGUCAAAAGAACGAACGAUAGGCACGAAGAAACCAUGAGAAUCCUAAGGGAAAAUUUCAGCCCUACAGCUCCCAGAAGAAGAGGAAGAACAGAAAACGCAAAUUCAAGCCGUCGAGAGACAAGAGCAGAAAACAAUAAGAGCAAGGAACCCCGAACCAGAGGGAAUGGAGAAAGAAACGAAGCAAGAAACCAACGAGAAAAUAGAACAAGCGACGAGGAAAGUCCGAAUAGAGACAAAUCUAACGAGGAAUCACCAGAGACACCCAGAAACGAGCACAACCAGGAGGACGCCCGAAGUGGUUUGAAUUCAAAAAGAGACAAAAGGAGAGAGAAGGAAAAAGAAGACGCCCCGCCAAAGAGCAAGCGACAGGAGAGAGAUCUCCACGAUCAGGAGAAAGCAGAGAAAAGAAGUGAUGAACAUAAGAGAAACUCACAUGCCACCGGUGAUCUUUGA